UGUGCAUCGCUGGCCGCCAUCAAAUUAUCCUCCUGCGGAAACCUCCGCCAGUGAAUCAAAGCUCCUAGUGGCCGCCUAAGUUUAGAGAAGUGCCGGAAAAAGUUCGACACAAAAUCACCGACUCCAAAUUGAAGCAUCGCCGCCACUACCCAGCCCAUCCCCAUUCUUCUGCCGCACAUACUCCUAUCAGGAAAAAUAUCCCGCUCAAAUGCUAUAGCAACCGUCCAAGCACGAUCUCUAGAGCACGAUCUGUAAUCUCGCCACCAAUUUCCUCUAUGUCUAGAUAUGGUGGAAGCAUGUGUAAAUUGGAUUUCUCGCUCUCAGCCGUACAACGCACAACAAGAAUUUUCUUCCGAUCCGCGCUGAGCCUAGGCCAGAUCACUACCGCCAGAAGGGAGAGGACAAUGGUAAAGGAGUAACGAUGCAAAGAAGAAGGAUGGCAUCACAGGGUAGGGAAGAAAACGGAUAUGAGUUUUGAUAUAUGAGAUUUCAAAUCUAAAAAAAUGUGUUUGCUGAAUAUAAACAGAGAUUCAGAAUUGAUAUCUUCAGAUAUGGAAUAUCUGGAAAAACACUGCUACUCCAAAACGGCUUGAUGUUGCCGAUUUCAAAUACUGGGAGUCUAUUUCUAAGUCCACUUCGUAUCAGUGGUUAUUUAUACAUACACUGGGAGGAGGUAAAGUAUAGGUAAACAAGGGUAUUUAUACAUACACAGGGAGGAGGUAAAGUCUAGGUAAACAAGGUAACUAAAUAUUCUAAAUAAUAAGAGUAAUAUAUCUGCUAUAUUUAACAAAUAAUAUUUUUUUGAAUGUAAUUAAUAGAUAUUUUAUUUUGAGAUAAAAGAUAUUCCUCCUAUUUUGAAAUAGUUUUAGUGAAAAAGUAGAGUAUAUUUUUUCUAUAAAUCCAAAAGAAACACUUGAUUGACUAGAAAUUGGAUUGUAAUCUGUACAAUAUGACAAUGGACGGUGACCUUCUCCUCACGCCGUUUUUGUCCAUCGCCCUCCUCCUCUUACCUCUGUACCUAAUCUCCAAACACUUUCACCGGAAAAUCAAGAACCACCCGCCGGCCCCCUUCCUCACCCUUCCCGUCCUCGGCCAUCUCUACCUCUUCAAGAAGCCUCUCCACCGAGCCUUAGCCAGCAUAUCCGAUCGCUAUGGCCCCGUCCUCCUACUCGAAUUCGGCUCCCGGAAAGUCUUAUUGGUCGCCUCCCCUGCCGCCGCCGAGGAGUGUCUGUCGAAGAACGACGUCGUUUUCGCGAAUCGCCCACUUCUCAUGGCCGGAAAAUAUUUAGGGUACAAUUAUACCUCCCUCGCCUGGGCACCCUACGGCGACCACUGGCGGACUAUCCGUAAAAUCGCGGCCACACACGUCCUCUCCACCCACCGUGUCCAAAGUCUGCGCGAAAUUCGGGCGGAUGAGGUGAAGUCCAUGCUGAAAAAGCUCCUAUUGGUCUCCGGAUCGGGCGGCCCUGCCGAAAUGAAGACCGUAUUUUUCGAGCUGACGGCGAACGUGAUGAUGAGGAUGAUCGCAGGGAAAAGGUAUUACGGCGAGAACGCGGUGGAAGCGCAGGAGGCGACCCGGUUCAGGGAGAUCGUGGCGGAGACUUUCCGGCUCGGCGGGGCGACGAAUGUGGGAGACUUCGUGCCGGCGUUGAAGGUGCUGAUGAGGAGGUUGGAGAGCGAUUUGGUAGAGCUGCAACAAAAGAGAGACUCUUUCAUGCAGGAGAUGAUCAAGUAUUGCCGGAAUCGAAUGGAGAAGUCCACCGGAAGUAGCGACGGGGAAUCCGCCGGAAAGACGAAACCAUUUGUGGAGGUUCUGCUGACCCUGCAAGAAGAGGACCCCGAAGCUUACACGGAUGAAAUCAUCAAAAGCCUUAUGCUAGUUCUCUUAGGAGCAGGGACAGACACAUCUGCGGGGACUAUGGAGUGGGGAUUAUCACUCCUCCUAAACCACCCCGAAGUCCUUGCCAAGGCAAAGAAGGAAAUCGACGAUCACGUCGGGCACGACAGAUUAAUUGACGAAUCAGAUCUGGCCAACCUCUCAUACCUCGAUCAUACUAUAAAAGAGACAAUGAGAAUGUACCCUGUCGGUCCUCUACUAGUCCCACAUGAGUCUUCAGCCGAGUGCUCCGUGGCUGGCUAUCGCAUUCCCAAGGGCACAAUGUUGAUGGUGAAUAUGUACUCUAUCCAAAGAGACUCCAAAUAUUGGAACGAUCCAAAAGAGUUCAAACUGGAGAGGUUUGAAGGGGCCGAAGGGGUCACAGAUGGGUACAAGAUGAUGCCAUUUGGAUCAGGAAGGAGAGGGUGCCCUGGGGAAGGACUGGCCUGGCGCAUGGUUGGACUUUCCUUAGGGUCGUUAAUACAGUGCUUUGAUUGGGAAAGGAUUGGAGAUGAGAUCGUGGAUAUGAGGGAAGGCACUGGUUUGACUAUGCCCAAAGCUGAGGCAUUGGUGGCAAAGUGCAAGAUUCGCCCUUUUGUGCCCAAUCUUCUUUUGUCACUAGACUAACUAAAAGACUACCGCUACAUUAUACUCCGUAUAAUAAUGCCACUUCUAUUUUCUCGCUGGAAUUUGAACUUG